CUGCUUUCAGCCAAAGCUCAGUCACACACCUGCUUUGCACAGAAACGAAACAUCGAUGGUUUCUUUUUGCAGUGUGCACGCUGCCUUGCUGUCAUUCAUCAUCCACCAUUUCACAGUUGCAGAGGUAAGUGCAUCUUAUUCACGUUUGCUGAGUAGAAAGGAAUUAUAUAAUUAGGGAAAAUACCAGCUAAAUCCUAAAACCACAACGUAUGAAUUGUUAAGAUCAUGAGUUGAAAUGAUCAGAGCAGAUGUUAAUGCUAAGUUUACAGAAUUAGGAUCAAAGUGAAAAGUGAUAUUCCCACUUCCUUUUUGGGUGGUAUAAAGCAACAACCACACAUAAAUAGAGACAUAUUUGCACAUGUUCAGAGCACUGCUUCAGGACUUUUGGCACCAAAACACAGGUGUACAGCUGAUGUGGACACUGUGAUUCAGAUCUGAGGACCAUAGCGAAGGGUGCUGCAAAUGCUAUUUACCUGGAUAUGAAUCAACAUUAAACAGCCAUGCUUUGUGAAGGCAGAUUGUUGAGCAUGACCUACUGUGAAAUAGAAGGGCUGGACUCUCUUCCUUCUCAGCCAGCUUUCCAGAGUGCUUAUGGGCCACAGAAAACAGCUGCUACCCUCACACCAGGUUCCACCAGACGCACUCCACUUGUUCAUCAUGAUUCCCCGGAGCAGAUGACUAACGAAGACAACAGAGGAGCUUCAACUGAGUUGUACAUUUCUCCUUUGCAGUCCUUAAAUCUCCAGAGAGCUGAUCUAGGCAGACAGAUCUCGUCAGAGAUAGAGAUCCCAGCUCAAGCUCACUCAGGUGGUGAUACCCCUUUCUUGGUUCCCUCCUAUUGUCAGAGCAUUUGCAAAAACUACAGUGACCUUCACAUUGCAGGCGACCAGGUGAUGCCUCUCUCAGCUAAUAAUUGUGAGCUGCGGGUUUGUGCCGAUGACCCAGAUGUCGGCCCCUUCAUCCAGUCUUGUGAUGUACCCCCAGCUGUGGAAGAUUCUCUCCAAGGACAUGAAGCUCGGGAUGGGAGGCCAUAUCCACUGAGGGGAGGUUCGAAUAGGUGGAGGCUGGGAAGCGGCCGCGAUCGGAGCUUUUUGCUCCAGGAGCAUGAAGGUCCAUUUUCCAACUCCCUUCUUAAUCACUACCUGGAGCAAAAACUCCUGGAUCUGUAUCAGCAAUACAUGAUGGAGAAUAUGGCAAGAGAAGGAGCCCCUGGUUCGGAUUCUGACACAGGUGCCAUUUGCCAUUUACUGGGCUCAGAGCUGGUCCUGACCAGCCUGGAUCAGAUCACUUUGCAGCUCAGCCGGGAAGGUAACAUGGAGGCUGGCUUGGCCAAGGACAUGGUCCUGAGCUGCUUGCUGCGGGUCGCCGGUGAUAUGCAGUCAAGUGAGAUCAGCACUCCGCUUCUGCAAAUUUCAAAUGAGGCAUCCAGGGAGCAGCUCACAGAGAAUAAUGAGUAACUCCGGAACUCCUUCUUUCAUUUCUACCUUUCAUUUUAGUGUAACACUGAAAAAACAGGAUGGAACUGAUUAACACAUUUUUUUCUUUUAUUAGCUCUUCAGUUCCAAGUAGGAUUAUACAGUAAUUACCUGGAGUAUGUGCUGUAUUUAUGCAUCAUAAGUUUAAAUUGCAGUAAUUCCACUGGCAUCUGUUCUAACCUGUUUUUGUGCAGCC